AUGAGCAAACCCCUACAAGACACGGAAACUCGCUACUCGCGCCUAGAAAAGCUAGCAUUCGCCCUCCUCACGGCCUCCCGACAUCUACGGCAAUAUUUCCAGGCCCACCCGGUGAUAGUUCGAACCGACCAAGCUGUUAAACAGGUACUACAAAAACCCGACCUAGCGGGCAGAAUGCUAGCAUGGUCUAUCGAACUAUCCCAGUUCGAUAUCAAGUUCGAACCCCGAUACGCGAUCAAAGCGCAGGCCAUGGCCGACUUUAUCGCCGAGAUGACACUGGGAAACUCCACCCCCGAAUCCUGGAAACUACACGUUGACGGCUCCUCGAACGUCACUUCCGGAGGCGUCGGAGUCAUUCUCGAAAAUCAAAACGGAGUCGUGAUCGAACAGUCAGUCCAAUACAAAUUUCCAGUCUCAAACAACCAAGCAGAAUACGAGGUCCUCCUGGCGGGCUUAGCCCUAGCCAAAGAAGUCGGAGCAGAAGUCCUGGAAAUAAACACGGAUUCACAAGUAGUCAGUUCCCAAAUUAACGGAGACUACCAAACACGAGAUCCCCUACUACAACAGUACCUCGCCAAAGUUAACAAAUUAAAGGAAGAAUUCAAUCACGUAACCAUACGGCACGUCCCCAGGGAACGUAACGCCAGGGCUGACCUCAUCUCUAAACUAGCCAGCACUAAACCAAGACACGGCAACAAAUCCCUAAUUCAGGAAGUCAUCAAAUCACCGUCCAUAUCCACGACGGCUAGUGCCUAUCUGACACUUUCCUACCAAGGAUCAUGGACCUACCCCAUCCUGCAAUAUCUCCUCAAAAGAACACUGCCCGAAGACCCCAAAGAGGAAAAACGGACAAAAAGGGAAGCCGCCAACUAUACAGUCGUCGCAGGACAAAUAUACAAACGCGGAUUCUUGCAACCCCUACUCAAAUGCGUCGAGCCCGGAGACACGGAGUACAUACUCCGCGAAAUCCAUGAAGGUUGUUGCGGCCACCACGUCGGAGGUAAAACCCUUGCCCAAAAAAUUAUCCGGGCCGGCUACUUCUGGCCCACGGUCAUCCGAGACUCCAUGCAACUAGUAAAAAACUGCGACAAGUGCCAAAGGCACGCCAAUAUCCACCAAGCCGCCCCCCACCAGCUCAGCAUCAUAUCGGCAGAACGGCCAUUCGGCACCUGGAGGAUCGACCUUGUCGGACCUUUCCCCAUGGCACCCGGCCAACUCCGAUAUCUCAUUAUCGGCAUAGACUACUACACUAAGUGGAUCGAGGCCGAGCCCCUGGCCUUUAUCACAGCAACCCAAUGUCGAAAAUUCCUCUGGCGACAGGUCAUCACCCGAUUCGGGAUCCCCGAGAUCGUCAUCUCAGACAACGGAACCCAAUUCGCCGACAAAAAAUUCAGAGAAUUCCUAAAACGACUAUGCAUAUCCCACCGUUUUAGUUCAGUCGAACACCCCCAAACGAAUGGACAAGUGGAAUCCGCAAACAAAAUAAUGGUCAAAGGACUCAAGAAACGGCUCGACGAAGCCAAAGGAGUAUGGGCGGACGAACUCGGAUCGGUCUUAUGGUCGUACCGCACGACCCCCCAGACAGCCACCGGGGAAACCCCCUUCCGAUUAACAUACGGCACGGAGGCUGUUAUCCCAGUAGAGAUAGGAGACUCCAGUCCACGAAGAACGAUCGGGGGUAACGACGAAAAAGCAGAACGAGACCUCACAGAUGAAGUAAGAAGCAUAGCCCACCUCAGAGAGCUAGCCCUAAAACAGAGAGUCAGCCUAAGAUACAACCACGAAGUCAUCCGGCGAGAGUUUGCAACUGACGACCUCGUCCUACGACGAAACAACAUCGGUCCUCCAACCCCCAGGAGAGGGAAAACUCACCUCCAAUUGGGAAGGACCAUAUAG